CCCCGCGACGCGCCGGCUGCUGGCGCAGCCCUUCGCUCGCCCGGCCUCCCCCUCCCUGGUUCCGCGCUCUGGUUCCGCCAUGGAAUCCAACAAGGAUGAAGCCGAGCGCUGUAUUAGCAUCGCCCUCAAGGCCAUCCAGAGCAACCAGCCCGACCGGGCGCUCCGCUUCCUGGAGAAGGCGCAGCGGCUGUACCCGACUCCGCGAGUUCGCGCCCUGAUCGAGUCCCUCAAUCAGAAACCACAGUCUGCCAGCGACCAACCCCAACCCACAGAGGCAACCCAGGCCACCCAUAGGAAACCAGGUGGGGCCAGCGCCCCCUCGGCCAACGGUGAAGCUGGAGGGGGAGAGAGCACCAAAGGCUACACUGCAGAACAAGUAGCGGCUGUGAAAAGGGUCAAGCAAUGUAAAGAUUACUACGAGAUCCUGGGGGUGAGCAGAGGGGCCUCAGAUGACGACCUGAAGAAGGCCUACCGCAAACUGGCCCUCAAGUUCCACCCUGACAAGAACCACGCGCCUGGAGCCACUGAAGCUUUCAAAGCCAUCGGCACAGCAUAUGCGGUACUUAGCAACCCAGAGAAAAGGAAGCAGUAUGACCAGUUCGGUGAUGACAAGAGCCAGGCAGCCCGGCACGGCCACGGGCAUGGGGAUUUCCACCGUGGCUUUGAGGCCGACAUCUCCCCUGAAGACCUCUUCAACAUGUUCUUUGGAGGUGGCUUCCCGUCUAGUAACGUCCAUGUCUAUAGCAACGGCCGCAUGCGCUACGCGUACCAUCAAAGGCAGGACCGCAGGGAGAACCAGGGUGAUGGUGGGCUGGGUGUGUUUGUCCAGCUGAUGCCCAUCCUUAUCCUGAUCCUCGUGUCAGCUCUCAGCCAGCUCAUGGUCUCCAGUCCACCCUACAGUCUGAGCCUGAGGCCGUCAGUGGGCCACGUCCACAGGCGAGUCACUGACCACCUGAACGUCGUCUACUACGUGGCAGACACAUUCUCUGAGGAGUACACAGGCUCCAGCCUCAAAAUGGUUGAACGGAAUGUGGAAGAUGAUUAUAUUGCCAAUCUCCGAAACAACUGUUGGAAGGAGAAACAGCAAAAGGAAGGCUUGCUGUACCGGGCUCGCUACUUUGGCGACACAGAUAUGUACCACAAAGCACAGAAGAUGGGCACCCCGAGCUGUAGCCGACUGUCAGAGGUGCAGGCCUCCCUGCAUGGAUAGUCCUGGGCCAGCCGUGCCACCGAGGUCCAAACUAUGAAAUCCCUGGAGAAUUUUUGGUGACAUGCACUGAGCCAAGGUGACGAACUGUAUGUUUAAAGAAAGACAAAAAAAGAAAAAAAAUUAAAAUGGAAUUGGAGGCCGAA